AUGGUGUCCGCGAUCCUAGCCUUCCCCGUCGCCAAGCUCAUCGACGCCUUCGGGAGAGCCGAGGGUUUCGCCUUCGUCGCACUUUGCAGCACACUCGGCUCAAUUCUAUCGGCGGCCUGCACGGGAAUCGACUCGUACUUCGGGGCGCGCGUCUUCAAGACCAUCGGCAACACGGGGUCCGGCUACGUGGCCACGGUCAUCAUAUCAGACAUGACGGCGCUGAUAAGCCGGCCCUUCUACCUAGGCCUGACUGCGCUGCCAUACCUGGCGACGGGCUUCGCAGGACCUGCCAUCGCCGAGAGGCUCUUGCAAGUGUCGAGCUGGCGCUGGGGUUACGGUAUCUUUUCCAUAACCACUCCUGUCGUGUCGAGCUUCUUGCUGUACUUCCUGUUCGCAAAGCAGCGCGAGACACAAAAGUUCCAGGUCGCUGCCGAGUCCCCGGUGCCCAAGGGAAUCAAGAAGCAAGUAUUGUAUUGGUUCUGGGAGUUCGAUGUGAUCGGCCUCACCCUCGUCGCCGCCGGCUUCGUCCUCCUCCUCCUCGCCGUCACGCUUGCCAAAUACAACGGCUCAACCUGGCGCUCCGGCCACAUCAUCGCCAUGCUCGUCCUAGGGCCCCUCUGCAUCCUCGCCUUCCUCCUCUGGGAGCGAUCACCGCUCAACCCCAAGCUCAUGAUCCCAUUCCACCUACUACUCGACCGCACGGUGCUAGGCGUAUGCACCAUGGGCGCCGUGACGCGCAUCGCCUACUACCUAUGGGCCAACUACUUCCCCUCCUACCUCCAAGUCGUCCACGGCCUCUCCGUCACGCGCGCCAGCUACGUCGACAACGUGUAUUCCUACGUCACCUGCGCCUGGGCGCCCUUACUCGGCCUGCUCUUCCGCCACUGCUGCCCCCCACCCCCAAGCGCGCGUUUUUUUUUCGCGUACCUGGGCGGCGCCGUGGGGUCGGCCGUGUCGGGCGCCGUGUGGACGAACCUGCUGCCGCGGUACUUGGAGGCGUACCUGCCGGGAACGGAGAAGGCGCAGGCGAGGAAGAUCUUCGCGAGCUUGAAGACGCAGUUGAGUUACGAGUGGGGCAGCCCCGAGAGGACGGCUAUCGUGAAGGCGUACAUGGACGUGCAGAAGGUGCAGACGGUUGCCGCGACGGUCAUCGUGGCCGUGUCGACCGUGUUUGUGCUGAUUUGGAGGGAUUUGAGCUUGAAGGAGAGGAUUCAGACGAAGGGAAGGGUGUUGUGA